UACACCAACUAUCUCGCAAAAAUAACCUUUUCUGCUGCAUCCGCAGACCUAAUUAUGGCCAACUCUACCUGCGCCUGCAGUGAUCUAGCUAAUGCUAAUGAAAGACUAGCCAAAGCCAACAUGACGAUUGAAACACUUAGAAGUGACAUUCGCCGGCUAACUUGCGAGAUAGUCAUAAAAUCCCAUAACACCACGUUGAAACACCAAACCAGUAAUACUAGCGCCAACCUAACUACACUAUCUUUUCUCCCCAGUCACAGCAAACACCAGCCGAAGUCCCCCCCGAAUCCACCGUGCUCCACUCCCGCGCGUCGUAGCUGGACGGAGGUGCCCAAGCCUCUACCACAAAGAGUGCGACCCAGUAGCCGCCGGACCCUCGCUACCCCCAGGCAAAUCACCCGAGAGCAGCCUGCCCAUUCAGAACCCCGGCGACCAUCAACAGUCCUCAUAGGAUCUUCGAUGGUUCGCCACGUAACCCUACGAAACGCCCAGACGUGGUGCCUACCUGGAGCUCUCAUAGCCGAUGUCCAGUCGAAUGUGCCGCACGCGCUGUCACAGUAUCCUACUGCCACAACUCUCAUCGUCCACGCAGGCUCCAAUGACAUCCGGCUGCAGCAGUCUAAAAAACUUGAGUCUGAUUUCCUCUCCCUUAUUAAUACCCUUCGCAGCACUGGAAAAAAAUACGCUAUCUCAGGCCCCAUCCCCUCUGUCUGUUUCUCUGCCUUCCAGUUCUCCCGAAUCCGCCAACUGCACGUCUGGCUGAUGAGACACUGCCGCCAAGAAGCCAUUCCCUACGUUGACAACUUCUCCGCUUUCUGGAACCGCCGAAACCUCUUCGCACGAGAUGGAAGGCACUUAAACAGAGCUGGUGCUCGUCUCCUCGCGACCAACCUGGAGCUGACCCUCGAAGCCCAUCGGUCCUUGGAUUGACUAACAGGUGUUUUAAAUCCAAAGCACUACACCAACUUAGACACUGCGUGCCCAACAGAGAGUACUCCACUAGCUAUCCACGCUGUCACUACCCGUAGGAAAGCUCGCAGAUGUAGACCCUCUGGUUGUGUACACAACAACCUAAUUACGAUUGCACCUGAACGCAUAAACAAUAGCUCUACUACUUUGAAUGUUAAUGCUGCAUUACUUAACGUGCAGUCCUUGACCAACAAAAGCUUCGUAGUAAACCAGCUGGUCUCGGACAAAAACAUAAGCUUCAUGCUUCUUACCGAAACAUGGCUUAAAGACGACGGGGCGGCUA